AGUAUUAGUUCGAAACACCUGUAGACGCUAGUAUGUGAUUGAAUAUAGAAUUCUGGUCAAUACUGGGGAAUGCAUGUUGUCAGAGAGUGGUAAGCAUGAAUCUGUCGGGCAGUGUGUCCGUGUGGUGUAGUGCGUGCCCCGUCAAUAUGUCUCUUUCGCCCUUGUGAAUGACCGACCAGCCAAACAAAGGGAUUUCACGACCCGCGAUCUGCAGCUAUAGGUUAAUUGUUGUCCCGGAACAUACUAAAGAAAACAAAGUAACUGAUAACUCGUAGUUUCAUAGCCAUAGCAGUGCCAUAACCUGACUUUACUACGUAAUCAAGUGCAAUAAAGUUACUUCUGUGAUAAAAAAAAAACUUUUGAUGCCAUAAUGACUCGUAGACAAUAUAAUAACUUGUCCUCUAAUUCUUCACCUUCGGUGGAAGUGGAUCAUGGAAUGAUGUCUCCACCACCUCCUCAAGCUUCUCCAGCGGAUCGAUCGCCUUUGGGGGAGAAUCCAGGAUCUCCAGCAAUGUUAGCAACUAUGACACCGGUCAAUGUCAUGGAACUCAAAAAAGAGAUGGAGGAGGAAAGUGCCAUGGGGAGAGCUCCCUUAUAUGCUCAGGUUAAAACAGAAGUUUUAUAUGACAAAGAAGACGAUAUAUAUGCUCAAGGAAUUGCAGACAAAAAUGAUACUCCGAUAGAUUUAAUAUACGAAGACGGCAACAAAACUGUAAUUUAUACAACUGCUCCAGAUCAAAAAGGUCUUGAAAUAUAUUCCGCGGAUAAUACGGGAGAAAUAACCAUAAAUAAUAUCAGUGCACAUCAAAUUCAUGGUCAACAGAUAACAGAUGUGUUAAUUGACGGUAGUACAAAUUCCAUGGUAAAUUCUAGUGGGCAGACUGUCAGUAGUCCCCCAGGAACAGUGUCCGUUGUUCUACAGGGGAAUGGCCAAGGACUUUUACAGUAUCCUCAAGCACAGGUGCCUGGUACUACGGUAUUAGUACUUUCAGAGUUAGUGGAUGAUGUGGCAGGUGUUCCGGUAGUUGGACUCAGAAAACGAAAAGAAAGUCUUGAUUCGACAUCAUCGCACGCAGCCGGUGAUUUACCAGUGGUGGGUCAACGUGGUAUGGCUGAAUUGCCCGAGGGGGCGGCCCCUCCCGAGGAUCAACAUAAUUGGAGAGCAUUUUACGAACAUCCUUUAACAGCCGCCACGACAGCCAUGCUUAACAUCGGUGGUGGUGCCGAAGAUCAAUCAACAGCGAUGGGACUGAUUUAUGAAUACUAUAAAUUACCUGAUUCCAAAGACAAACUAGCUGAUAUAUGGUCGGCAGGUUCCCAGGCCGGAGGCAUUCUAACGUCGCAACUGAAGGCAACCAAUGGUUUGGUGAGCGGGGCGGGCAUAGAAUUGACGACUCCGCCUCUUAGUGCUGCCGGUCAGCUUAAUUCUCAAGAGUUCCAAGGCUUAUUUAUUAAUCCACACGUUGGGUAUACACAGCCUGUGGCUGGCGGACAGAAUUUGCAGAUCGUGAAACGGGAACCCGAGGACUUAAGUCAUCAUCGUAAACUGGACUGUAGUUCACCGAGUUCGGGUAGUCUCGAUGGUUCAAUAAUCAUCCCCAAGCAAUCUAGAGCUAAGGUCGUACUGGUGUCUUCAGCUGGUGGCCACACUGGAGAUCUGGUUGUUGAUGUGAACUCAAUCAAAGACGAGAGUCAUCACGGACUUACAUCUCCUCAACACGGUUCUAGAUCUAUAAACGGGACUCCAACCUCAACACAUAGCAGUCUUCUGGCAGACGGUUCAAGCACGGGGCCUAUUGAGUUUAUCUCUGCGAAUGGCCUCAAACCAGCGAUGUAUACAACGCAGAUAUUCACCUCCAUGAACAACGCACCUCAUAGUGGUGAUAGCGGUACUCCUUCACCAAUACCAUAUACUGAUCAUAUCCAAUAUAGUACACAAAGUUCGAUGGCCGGUGGAAGUGUCAGUGGUAAUUCUACCAUUUACUCUUCCACCGGUAGACCAAGUAGCUCAACAACUUUUUCGGUAGCUGAUCCUUAUUAUCGCGAAUAUUUCACAACAGUAGCGUCUGGAGGUGGAACUCCGGAACCUGUUUAUUCCACACAAUUAAGACAAAAUCAGCUAGCGUACGCAGAUGAAGCGGCAAGCAGUGGAACAACAGCAAGUUUUGUCGAAAGAUACGUUCGUCAGUCGACAUAUCAUGGAAAAGGUGUUAUAGCUGCUGCAGGUCUUACCGUUGAUCUCCCAAGUCCGGAUAGUGGUAUAGGCGCCGAUGCUAUCACGCCUCGCGACCAGAAUACGCUGCAGCAGUCAUUCGACUAUGCAGAACUGUGUCAGACCAAUCCUACGUUAUUGGAUCCAUUAUCGUUGUCUCAACGAAGUAACAGCAGCUCCCAGUCUCCGGGGAAUCAACCAACUAGUAGAAGCCGACCUUGGCACGAUUUCGGGCGUCAGAACGAUUCCGAUAAAAUUCAAAUUCCAAAAAUUUUUUCUCCCGUCGGUUUCAAGUAUCACCUAGAGACUCCCAUAUCAACAUCGCAGAGAAGAGAAGAUGAUAGAAUUACGUAUAUAAAUAAAGGACAGUUUUAUGGAAUUACUUUAGAAUAUUUACCAGAUCCAGAUAAACAACUCAAAUCACAGACUGUAAAGAGCAUCGUUAUGCUAAUGUUUCGAGAAGAAAAGAGUCCUGAAGAUGAAAUUAAAGCCUGGCAGUUUUGGCACGGUCGACAGCAUUCUGUAAAACAACGAAUAUUGGAUGCAGAUACGAAAAACAGUGUAGGUUUAGUAGGUUGUAUCGAAGAAGUAGCUCAUAAUGCGAUAGCAGUAUACUGGAAUCCCCUAGAAAGCCCAGCAAAGAUAAACAUUGCCGUCCAGUGCUUAAGCACAGAUUUUAGUAGUCAAAAAGGAGUAAAGGGACUACCUCUUCAUUUACAAAUAGACACUUACGAAGAUCCCAGGGAUUCACAAAUUUUCCACAGGGGUUACUGCCAAAUAAAGGUUUUCUGUGAUAAGGGCGCAGAGCGAAAGACAAGAGACGAAGAAAGGCGAGCAGCCAAACGUAAAAUGACAGCUACUGGAAGAAAAAAAUUGGACGAGUUAUACCAUCCCAUGUGCGAAAGAUCAGAAUUCUAUACAAUGAGUGAUCUCACAAAGCCUCCUGUACUAUUUUCACCAGCAGAAGAUAUCGACAAACUGACUUCGAUGGAACUGCAAGGUUUUUAUUCACAAGAAGAUGGUUCUCUCAGUGGUCCAGUAGAUCAUGUGAAGACAUCAGGUUCUCCUUUUCUUCUACAUACAGCUUCGAAACCUCCCACCACACCAACCCUCAAAUUCCACAACCACUUUCCCCCGGAAACAGACAAGAAGGAUAACAGUAUAUUAGACAGUAGUUUAUCCUCGGAUGGAAAUGUCUUUUCUCCACCAAUUAAGAGGACUAAAUUGAUGGGAGGUCCAGGUGGAACAGGGCCUCCACCAUUGAGUGAGAGGGUGAUGUUGUAUGUACGUCAAGAGAAUGAAGAUGUAUAUACUCCAUUACAUGUUGUUCCUCCUACUACGGCUGGACUUCUAAAUGCAAUUGAGAAUAAGUACAAAAUUAGCACUUCAAGUAUAAAUAACUUGUAUCGCAAAAACAGAAAAGGCAUUAUAGCCAAGAUUGAUGAUGAUAUGGUUGCGUACUACUGCAAUGAAGAUUUCUUCUUGAUAGAUUUGAAAGCAGUGGACGAAGAUAUUUUCGACAUUACUCUUGUGGAACUGAUGAACCACUAACCGCCAUUGAUAUUACGUACUCGUACUUAUGAAUUAUCAGUUUUUGUUGUGAUUUGUUUUUAACAAUGUAAUUUUUAAGAGCGAUGUUUAUCAGAACUUUAUUAUUUGUUUAUAGUGUCUAGAAUGUUGAUUUUACAAGGAUUUUUCAAUUCAAUUUAUAAUCAAACUAAGUUAUUGUUAGUUUUUUUGUUUUUAUGUUUAUUAAGGACAUGAUUACGUUUAUAUUUGUAAAAUAUUAAUGUGAUCAUUAACAUUCAAUGUAACUUUAAUGUUAUCAAUUUUUAUUUACAUGGUGGCAAUGUUUUUGUUUCUGAGAAUUUAAAUACUUUUAUUAGAAAUUAAGAAUGUAGGGUUUACAUCGAUUUAUAUAUAAUUUUAUAUAUUAACUUGAUGGUGCUCCUCGAAACACCACAUCACAAAAUUAUUUUGCAGUAUUCUCUCAACAUGUUUUACAAACCUAAAUAUAGGAUGAGCCAUUGUUGUAGUGCAGUAAUUAUAUCAUAUAUUGUAAUAAAUAAAAUUCCAAACUAAUUAGAGAAUUUUAAUUGCUGUGAAUUCCUAAACAUUUAGAUGAAUUGACUGUUUCAAUUGUCAUACAAUAUCUAAAGUAGACAUCAAAUUUGUAUAUACUUAUGUGGGAUGGAAGAACAAUUAUUCAUAUAUUUCUUUUUUUUUUAAUAUACAUUAAUUGGUGCCAGUUUAAUUCCGAUAAAAAUUAUUUAGUGCCAAAGAUAAUGAUUUGCUUAUUAAAAAGUAAAUGUUAUUGUUUUCUAUACGAGUUAUGUAAAGACGUUUUAUAUUUCAAAUGAAACUUAAGUAGUUGAAAAUACUAAUUUCAACUGCAAUUAGUAAUCGAUGCAUUUAAAAAGAUAAUUAUCAUAAAUGACUCAUCCCAUAUGUCAUAUUUUCAGUAAAAAUAGAAGUUUUCUUAAGUAAAACUAAUAUGCUAUGCUACGUUGUUAAUUUAUUACAUUUAAAAAUUGAAAUACCAUCGUAACAAGAAAAUUAAAUAUAUUUCAAACCAAUAACCAACUUCACAUUCCAUACAAUAAUUCGAAAUUUAUGCAGCUGUAGAAAGCCUGAUAUUUACUUUGUUAAUCUAAAUUCAAGCUCCAUUGUAGUUAUUUCAAUAAAGGAGAAUUGCUAAAAAUUAAAUUUCUCUCCAAAAAACAGAGUGGAUAUUCCAAAUGUAAUGUAAUCUCUAGCAAUAAUUUGUGCACGAGUUUUUGCACUACCUACGGUUUUACAAAAAAACGUCCCUUAUAUAAUAAUUGUACAGUUUUGAUCACAAGAUUAUUCAAUUUUUAUCGAAUACAAAGACAAAAGUACAAGAACUUUAUUUUUAGAUUUUUAAUUGUUUACGAUUAUGUUCAAAAAUUUCAAUCAAAUCAGUUGCAGAAUGUCCAAUUUAGAAGUUAAAGGAAUAUCUAUAGGAGUGAAAACUUGUAUAUAAUCAACUCAAACAAUAUUAAAUCUCAAUGGGAAGUUCUAUACUAUAAUCCCUUAUAUAAUCUGAUCCUACGUUUUAUUUGGAAUCCUCUAUGUUUUCUCUCGAUUUCUAAACUCAUUUUGGCAAAUAUUGUAUACACAUUGCCACCAAAUGAAUCUCGCAUUUCGUAUGAUGUUGUCUAAUUUGAUAUACUAAAAUAUUAACCAAGCAAUUCUCGCUUUAAAUUUGUAUUACACCUUUCAUUUCUUUUUUGAAGCAUAAGAUGAUAUCCAAUACUGUUAUCUUCGAUAUUGUUUGAAUACAUUAUUUUUUUGAUUAGUCCUUCGACAUUUUGGAAAAUCCAACUUACAUCAUUGCUGCUUUAUAUUUUUUUUUCUGGUCAUCACUUGUGUUAUUAUUUUGAAAAUUUAAAUGAAGGUCAUUAAUUGCCGAUAUUUGAUUCAAUAAUAUUUGUAAAGCACUCAAGGUUAAAUAUAAGAACAAUUUUUUCAAAAAACCUCAAAUAUAUGGAUUCAUUACACGUACACGUACAUUUUGUUCAUUCUAAUAUGUAUUUAAAUCAACGUUAUGGGAACUCUCUGCAAUCCAAAAAAAUUUGCUUUUAUGUUAAAUAGACCUUUUUUGAACAAGUGUCAAGUUAAAAUCUUAGGAGUCAUAGAAAAAAUAUAGUUUUGAGAAAUAUCACAUUGGCCGACUUCAACUUUUGUGUAUAAUUAACGCAUGAUUUGUAAAACUAAGCAAGAGAAUUGCAAAUGGAAAAUGUCGUGUUUUAUGGAUCACAUUGAUAACUUGGUCGCCAUUGAUCUCAAAAUUGAAAUUUGUAAAUGAUCGGAACACGUCAUGUACAGAAACACUAAUUCUUGUAUCUAGGGAUACGGAAAAGGGGAUUUUUUUUGUAAAUAGCUUUAGAAAUGUAAAUACUGACCAGCCAUGACUUAGAUAUAUACGCAUCUUAAGUGUUGUGAUAAGAACUACUCAAAACCUCUUAUGUUGAAGAAUGUAACACAAAAGCUCAGUAAUUUUUCAAAUUUUCAUUUUAUUCCAAAAUGUGCAAUAAUUCAAAAUUUAGUUUUAAUACAUGUAAUUAACAAUUUAUUGCUAUCAAUAUCGACGAUAUUAUUAACAAAUGGUAGUAAGAUUCUCCAUUUCAAAUCCAUUAAAAUUAAUUUACAGAAAUUGUUUUUUCGAGAUACCAUAUGCAGUUUUAUUUCUAUAGUUUAUACAAAGGAAUUGUCUGAAUGCAUUUUCAGUGGUUAUUUUCGUUAUAUCGUAAAUAUAGAAUCAUAUUAAUUUAUCGUUUAAUUACUCCAAAAAAAAUAUCUAUUAUUUCCCAGAAAUAAUACAUACUGAUGUGAGUUUUGAAAAUGGACUCACAAAAAUGUAGAACGUACCUGACUAACGCUUUUUUAUUUUCAUGUUCACAAAUGGUCAUUUAAAGAAGUAAAAUCUGAAAAACUUUUGAGAUACAAUUCUUCAAGAUAUUUUAAUGAAUUUUCCUUGAAUUUAGAAAAUUCUACAUGGUACUGAUCUGAUUAUAUAAAUAUGUCCUUACUUUUCGAAUAAUUUAUUAUAAAAAUGUGUAAAAUCUUUAAACACAGUUUUAUUAUGAUAUUAGAGUAGUUAUAGAUUCAUUAGAUAGCUCUCUGUAUCUUUAUUUAGAAAGAGAUUAUAAAAAUAUUAUAAUCGACGACUUAUUUGCAUUGACCACCAUUCUACAUGAGAUAAAAAUGUGGUUCAAUGAAAAUUAUAUUCGCAAUAUUACUUAAGGUUCUUUUUUUAUAAAUGUAUGUCUUGAUUUUAUAAAUAAAAUUAUAUAUGUACUUA